CAUAAAUUAAACAAAAUACCUUGCUAUUGCCAUAACCUACAACACACUAAACCAUAGACCUUUAAACAUGAUACUUCUGGAUUGCGACUGCAUGUUUGACAUUUCAAUGCACCAAUCACUCGCUGAGGAGCAGAUGCCUACUUCCCUACACUGGAAAGAGCGAGGGGGUAAAUAGACUGGCGGGGCAUACACUGAUCCAUCACACUAAAAACCUGCAAAGAUCGCCCGUGAGACUGCUGCAACUACGCUAUAGGCCAUUGAUAUCGCGUUCAUUUCUGGUCAAUUGGUAAAGUGUCCAUAAUACAAGAAAAUGGCAGGUAUUUUGGCAUGGUUUUGGAACGAGAGAUUUUGGCUCCCUCACAAUGUAACCUGGGCUGACCUAAAAAACACAGAUGAGGCAACCUUCCCGCAAGCUGAGGAUUUGUAUCUGGCUUGUCCUUUAGCCUUCUGCAUCUUUAUGAUUCGACUGGUUUUCGAAAGGUUUAUUGCCAGACCGUGUGCCUUGGGUCUCAAGAUACAAGCCAAUGGACCACAGAAAGCCCAGCCCAAUGCCAUUUUGGAGAAGGUGUUCACUGCUAUCACCAAGCAUCCAGAUGAGAAGAGGUUGGAGGGCCUGUCCAAACAGCUGGACUGGGAUGUCCGGACCAUCCAGCGCUGGUUCCGACAGCGCAGGAACCAGGAGAAACCCAGCACGUUGGCUCGCUUUUGUGAGAGCAUGUGGAGAUUUACAUUUUACCUCUAUAUAUUUACCUACGGAGUGCGUUUCCUUAAAAAGACACCAUGGUUAUGGAACACAAGAGAGUGCUGGUACAACUAUCCUUAUCAGCCACUGACGGUGGACAUCCACUAUUACUAUAUACUGGAGUUGUCGUUCUACCUGUCCCUACUCUUCUCCCAGUUCACGGAUAUCAGAAGGAAGGACUUCCUGAUAAUGUUCCUGCACCACCUGGCGACAAUCUCCCUCAUCACCUUCGCCUACGUCAACAACAUGGCUAGAGUGGGCACGCUGGUCAUGUGUCUCCACGACUCCGCCGACGUCCUGGUGGAGGCUGCCAAAAUGGCCAACUAUGCCAAGUUUCAGAGACUUUGCAACCUCCUGUUUGUCAUGUUUGCAAUGGUCUUCAUCAGCUCCAGGCUGGGUGUCUAUCCUGUCUGGAUUUUAAACACUACCUUGUUUGAGAGCUGGGAGAUCGUGGGGCCGUACCCCUCCUGGUGGGUGUUCAACCUACUCCUGAUCCUGCUGCAGUUCCUGCACUCCUUCUGGUCCUACCUCAUAGUGAAGAUAGCCUGUCGAGCCAUCUCCAGAGGAAAGGCAGGGAAGUGGAAUCCUUUACAUGUGUCGAAAGACGACCGCAGUGACAUUGAGUCCAGCUCGGAUGAGGACAACGGUCCUCCGCCCACUCCUGUUCAGAAGCACCACAACAGUACCACCAACGGGACCAAUAAAGUCCACGGGACCAAUGGGUACCUGUCAGCAGGGGCCCCUUGUCUAGAUGAACACUGACCACUGCUAUGAGACAUUUUAUAAGCACUGGAGCAAAGCUGCAGACACCAUUCAUAGAUACAUGUGUGCGACAUGAACAACAUUGCCUGUCUGGUACUGGAAGUUCUUAGUUUUCAGUUUGAUUAUUUCCAUGUUUCCCCUCCAUUUUAUUAUCUUUCUCUAUAUUUGCAUCAAACUGCAUUCAAUGAAAUAUCAAAGCACUCCUGUCGGUACAGCCCAGUCUCUCUGUUUAGCCAAUGAAUGAACGCAUUCCACUAUUAUGACGAAAGCAUGCUGUUUAAACGUAGUCUGACUGGCAUACUGGGGGUAGUUAAUUAUGUUAUGUGUCUGUUAUUUAUUUUGGAUAGAUAUACAGUACCAGUCAAAUGUGGACACCUACUCAUUCCAGGAUUUUUCUUAAUUUUUACUAUUUUUUUUUACAAUGUAGAAUAGCAGUGAAAAAACAGCAGUGCAAAACUAUGAAAUAACAAAUUAAAUAUAUUUUAGAUUCUUCAAAGUAGCCACCUUUUGCCUUGAUGAUAGCUUUGCACACUGUUGGCACUCUCAACCAGCUUCACCUGGAACGCAUUUCCAACU